AUGUGUGACCAGACCUUCCUAGUUGUUCUCUUUGGCCCUUGUGCCAAAUGCACUCGGGAAAGACCAUUACGGACCAUUUACCUCAAGGCUGAACCAGUGACCCUCUGUUCACUAUGCGUGGAAUUGAUGGCAACCGAAGGCUUGCAAGAGAAUGAAACCUUGGCCUCCCUGAAGAAUGAAGCAGAGGGUCUGAAGGGGAAGCUGGAGGAAGAGAGAGCCAAGCUGCAUGAUGUUGAAUUACACCAAGUGGCAGAACGCGUGGAGUCCCUCGGCCAGUUUGUCAUGAAAACGAGGAGGACACUGAAGGGUCAUGGCAAUAAAGUUCUCUGCAUGGACUGGUGUAAAGACAAACGAAGGAUUGUGAGCUCAUCCCAGGAUGGAAAAGUGAUUGUCUGGGAUGCUUUUACAACCAACAAGGAGCAUGCAGUUACCAUGCCGUGCACCUGGGUAAUGGCUUGUGCCUAUGCACCAUCUGGCUGUGCCAUUGCAUGUGGGGGUCUGGACAACAAGUGUUCCGUGUACCCUCUGACAUUUGAUAAGAAUGAAAACAUGGCUUCCAAAAAGAAGUCAGUGGCUAUGCAUACCAACUACUUGUCUGCCUGCAGCUUUACUAACUCUGAUAUGCAGAUCCUGACGGCUAGUGGAGAUGGUACAUGUGCUCUCUGGGAUGUGGAAAGUGGACAGCUGCUGCAGAGCUUUCAUGGACAUGGUGCUGAUGUUUUGUGUCUGGAUCUGGCACCUUCUGAAACAGGAAAUACCUUUGUGUCUGGAGGUUGUGACAAGAAAGCUAUGGUGUGGGACAUGAGGACUGGUCAGUGCAUUCAGUCAUUUGAAACCCAUGAAUCUGAUAUCAACAGUGUCAGGUAUUACCCCAGUGGAGAUGCCUUUGCCUCUGGCUCUGACGAUGCCUCGUGUCGUCUGUAUGAUCUCCGGGCAGACAGAGAAGUGGCCAUCUAUUCUAAGGAAAGCAUCAUAUUUGGAGCAUCGAGUGUUGAUUUCUCGUUGAGUGGUCGCUUACUGUUUGCUGGAUACAAUGACUACACAAUCAAUGUUUGGGAUGUCCUAAAGGGCAGCAGAGUGUCCAUCUUGUUUGGUCAUGAGAACAGAGUCAGCACUCUACGUGUGUCUCCUGAUGGGACUGCAUUCUGUUCAGGGUCAUGGGAUCACACUCUAAGGAUCUGGGCAUAAUGCACAAUUUGUGAAGAAAUAUCUGCAGUCCCGCAGCUUGGCAAUCAAUAACGCAGGUUUUACCUUACGAAAAAGAUUUGAAACGUAACAUUAGAUGCUGGUUGUUUGAGAACUAUGUAGAAAACAAUGGAUGCCGCAGAAACAGAGCUUCUCCUAAAUGAAGCAAUCCUUAUUUAUUGGUGGUCAGACUUGAAGAGUUCACCCAACACUUAUCACUUUCUUUUAGAGUAAGCUUCUUUGUCAGGAGGGUCAGUGUACCCAGUGCUGGUUGCAUUUCCAUCAGUGAAUGAGCUGGUAAGGGUUUACAUUUGUUUUUUUUAAUAAUUGCAUUAAUGCA